AUGAAAACGUCGUAUUUGAUAUGUGGUCUAUACGUCCUGAUGGACUUGGCUAGUAGUGAUAAGCGCACCUUUCGCGUUUUCUUUGAUGAAUUCGCUAUCAAGUAUAAGGUGCCAGACAUUUUUGAAAAGAUGGAUUGUCAUUUGGCUCAAGUGAAUAAUCGGAGCUACGUCAACGCAGAGAUGAUUCUCAAAAGGGAUGUUGGCGAUUUGAAUGUUCGGGCUGUGAUGGAGUUUUGGAAACCGAACGCUCAAACGAAAAUGAAAUUAUACGAUGUUCGAGUAGAUGGAUGUCUCCUCCUCCGAAGUAUUCACCAAAAUAAACUGUUUAACUUCUAUGUGAAGAGCUUCAAAAAGCAUGCUAAUGUUAUUUUGACGUGUCCAUUUAAAGCGAAUUACACCUACAAGAUGGUGGAUUGGUUUUUGGAUGAAAAUGAUCUACCACCUUUUGUGCCAGUCGGUAAAUUCCGUACGGUCACAGAAUAUUUCACCCAACAGCGUUUGGCAAUUCGUAUUGUAGCACAUGGCGAAGUUUUGGCAAAACCCUAA